AUAUGGUUGGUGUGGUUUGUGGUUGUUACUAUCAGAAAGAAGACCCUAACUUCGUAUAAAGCGGCUUAAUGUGAUGCCUUACACUAGAACUGAAACGUCAUAUAUAGUUACCUUCAAAAUAUAUAAAUAUAUAUUUGUUAUUAAUGAAGGUUUUUAGUUUCUAAUUUGCUCGAUUGUGCUUCGCCUUGAUGAGUUAAAUCCAAGGAUGGGCGAGGAAAAACUUGUCACAGAGGUUCCAAGUAGUCUCAAGCAGCUUGCUCGUCUCGUUGUUCGAGGAUUUUAUACUAUUGAAGAUGCGUUGAUUGUUGAUAUGCUGGUUCGAAAUCCAUGUAUGAAAGAGGAUGACAUAUGUGAACUUCUGAAAUUUGAACGAAAAAUGUUAAGAGCUCGCAUAUCAACUUUACGCAAUGACAAAUUCAUACAAGUACGGCUUAAAAUGGAAACUGGCUUAGAUGGUAAAGCUCAAAAAGUGAAUUAUUAUUUCAUUAAUUACAAGACAUUUGUAAAUGUUGUCAAGUACAAGUUAGAUCUCAUGAGAAAGAGAAUGGAGACUGAAGAACGUGAUGCAACCAGCAGGGCCAGUUUCAAGUGUCCAUCGUGCUGCAAAACAUUUACAGAUCUUGAGGCUGAUCAGUUAUUUGACAUUGCAACACAAGAGUUCCAUUGCACAUUCUGUCGAGAAGUUGUAGAAGAGGACCAGUCAGCUUUACCUAAGAAGGACUCUAGACUUUUGCUAGCCAAAUUUAAUGAACAGCUUGAACCAUUGUAUAUAUUGCUCAGGGAAGUUGAAGGCAUCAAACUGGCACCAGAAAUUCUUGAACCAGAGCCUGUUGACAUCAGCACAAUAAGAGGCUUGGACAACAAGAAACCAGCAGCUGGAUUACGACCACCGGGUGAUCAUUGGUCAGGUGAAGCUACCAGAGCACAAGGUUUUGCAGUUGAGGAAGCACGCGUAGAUGUUAUGAUUGGUGGUGAUGAGGGUAUUCAGGAUCAGACAGCUGUCAGGAAGGAACGUCCAAUUUGGAUGACAGAAAGUACAAUUAUCAACCAAGAUAGUGUCAUGAAUGCCACAUCAAUGGCUGAUUUAGUGACUGGCUUAGAAACAGCCAGCAAUGAUAAGGUUAGCUCCGGCGCAAAGAGCCAGGAAGACAUAAUGUCCGUGUUACUGGCUCAUGAGAAGAGAGAUAGUGCUAGUGAUUCAAGUGGAGAUGAGGAUAAGAAGGAGUUGGAUGCUUCAGAACCUGCUGAGAUUGAGAUUAUUGACUCUGACGAUGAUGAUGAUGGCCUUAUUCCGGUAGUGUCAGUUGGGGGCAGGAGUGUACCUGUUACAGAAGUGAGUGACACUUUGAUUGCGCAAAUGACACCUGCAGAAAAAGAAGCUUAUAUACAAGUGUAUCAGGAAUACUAUUCCCACAUGUAUGACUAGAAAGUGUAAUAACAUUGCCAUAUUUAAGAUAAACUAUUAUUGUGACUGAAAUUUGUUAACUUUUUAUACAAAUAAUUGUCUGCAUUGCAUUCUCCAAUGAAUCAUUUUCAGAUAAUGUGUAAUUGCUAAUUAUCGUGAAUCAUAAGAUAUUUUUGUUACUUAUGUUAAGAAGUUUGAAACUUUAGGCAUAAAUUUAUAUCAGAGGAAUUCAGUGGUACAGGAAGACCUAAAAAGAGGUAAGUAGUUUAAACUGCAGUCAUGAUGAAGUUGCAGUGGACUUAAGAAGAAGAAGAAGAGUUUCCAGUCAGUACACUUUUUGGAAUGCUAUUUGUAUUAAAGUUUCACUGAAUACAAAUGUAAUGUUUUAGACCGAAAUUUCUUGAACGGUAAGAUUUUGUGUUUAAAUGUUUGUCAGUCAUAGCAAAUGAUUUGUUUUUUAAUGUUUUCUCAUAUUUGUAUUGUGUUCAGGGAAAGAUUGACCAGUGAUGAUUCUUCUACUGGUGAAUGUAUUGUCACAUUUAAUGUUGUUUUAUAUUUAUACAAUUUUUAUGGUAAAAAAAAUAAUUAUUAUAAAGAA